GCUCAAAAAAACAAAAUGAAUUCUGAAUCCCUACCUCUCACCCCCAGGUGCUUAAAGGAGACAAGCAACUGAAAAAGCUACCCGUACAACCCGUUAGCCCAAAUACAUACUUGUUGACACGAAAUACUAGCAUAAGUACGACAGAGCAUAAGAAAAUACGACAACGAACUCCUACCCACAAGAAACUACCGUAUUAUUCCAUCUAUCACGACGACCUGUACUGGCACCUUGUAUUAGUGUAGCGAAGAGUAUUUUUCCCUGAUAAUUUCCGAUCGCCAGCACGAGAUUUUCUUUUUUUUCAGAGUUGCCCUCUAUUAGGAGAAGUCGCACAAGAGAACUGUAGUUGCAGUUCAAGUGAUCGAUUGACAGUCCUUUUUUUUUUCACCUUCUGUUCCUAGAUCUUGUGCAUCAAGAAGCAUAUACAAAGCCAUGUUCAUCCAAUCCCGACGAGCGGCUGCGGACUUGGUCCUGCGCACCACAGCGGGCUGCAGUAGAACGUUGACGACAUCAACCUCAACAGCGGCACAUCAAAUAUGCAGACCCGCACUUGUAUCAACAUCUUUUCCAGGAGGUGGAGCACAUAGUACGACAACCGCUUCCGCGAUACAAACUCAGAAGCGCAAUUACCACGAGGCCGUGAUUGACCAUUUUAACAAUCCGAGAAACGUCGGGAAACUGGAUAGCAAGAAGAAAAACGUCGGCUCCGCGCUGGUGGGGAAAGCGUCCUGUGGUGAUGUGAUUAAGUUACAAAUCGAGUAUGCAUUGCAAAAAUGUCUGGGUCUGGAACAUUCUAAAUUUGUAAUGCUGUCUCUGGAUUCUGAAAAAAUUUGUAUUGCAUGACGAGCAAGAGGACUCCAAUUUGUGCUACGCGGAGAGGGCGUUUCUCAUGCGGUAGAGGUAUCACAGAGCGCUCUAAAAAUCUGUGAUGCUACAGCAUGCAUCACAGACGUCGUGGGUCAUGGAAAAUAUGCAUGACAAAUCUAGAAAUCUUCCAGACCCAGACACUUAUGCAAUCCAUAUCGAGGUGGACGAAACGACUGGUCAGAUCAAAGACGCCAAAUUCAAGACCUUCGGCUGCGGCUCGGCCAUUGCGUCCAGCAGCUUAGCCACGGAAAUGAUCCGCGGGAAGAAAAUUGAGCAGGCGGCGCAGCUGAAAAACACGGACACUAUGCAUUGCAAAAGUAUCGUACUCGUAUAAAUGCAUUACAAAUUUCUUCAGCAUGAGAAAUAAGAUUUGUAAUGCGGAUUUAGCUUCAGAAAAAAAUUUGUAAUGCAUGACUGCAAUUACUACGAAUGCGAUACUUUUGCACAGGAUAGACAUUUCCCAGGAACUGAACCUCCCGCCCGUGAAAAUCCACUGCUCGGUGCUGGCCGAGGAGGCGUAUGCAUUGCAAAAAUGUCUGGGUCUGGAAGAAUACAAACUUGUGAUGCGCAUUUCAGAACACAGAAAGAUCUCUCAUGCAUAGCUAGCAAAAGCUGCACACUUUCUGUCACCAAAAUGGGGGAUUUGUCAUGCGGAUUCGGCAUGGCGGAAGCUUCUCGAAACCUCUGAUGCUAGAGCUUCCAUGCCAAACCUUCUGCGUCAUGCAAAAACGGCAUGACUCUUCCAGACCCAGACAUUUUUACAUUUGAUAGGGCAAUCCAGGCGGCGAUUGACGACUACAAAAAGAAGCAGGGGAGCAGUAGUGAAAGUGGUGCACCUGCUGGGGAGCAGACGACCGCAGCGGCGGGGGCGUAGGGAGAAAUAUUAAAUGCACUUGAUCAUCUACUCGUUCGCUCAGAAGUUCUUCAUCUUCAUCUGCUUCUUGCCGCACCAGCUCCUGAUUUGGUCACCGAAGAAGAUGACAAACCCCGAUGGUAGUUCGCGAACCUCUUCCUACUUUCCUUUCCCACGAAAAUAAUUUUCCACUCCCUCAUGCUUCUAUCUACCACGAACAACAUCAUGUGACAGACAAGCUGCUAGUAGCAGCUGCUACGCGGUGCUGCGACAUCAAUCUCUCGUCGUCGUGCACUGCAUGUGUAAAGACUUUAUUUGAAGAAGAGCCCCCCGAAGCAGAUCAAGCGUUGUGCCACAUUUCUAUCCUCUACUUCAUCGACUACCUCUACCACAAGUGACAAGCGUCAGCACUGCUGCCGGAUGAUCAUUCAAGAAGCAUCUCCUUCUACAACCCGAUGUAGGAACCGGUGGUACAACUACAAAGACAAAACACCACGAAGAUGAUCUAGAUUUUGAGGAACAACUACAACUGCAAUCAUGGUACACAAACUCAGUCCGCCAGUACGCCCGCGUGGUCCGGGUUCUUGUCGGUACAAACCUAGACAGGAGAACGCAGCUUUGAUGCUGCCUCUCACCUCGAACCUUCACAUCGUGAUUGCUCAUAAACUACACGUAACCCGUAUGAAAGAUGAAGAAAAAAAAGAAGCAAAAACAAAAUUAUUGAAAGCUAGACAUUGAAGUCGGCGCUAUGUCUGCAGAAUUUUUUGGCUCCAAUGCUGGAUAAGUUGUUCCCCCUGAUAGCGGCCGGUU